GAUUUGGGUGGGGCCUACCUCGACCAGGCUAGCCUUGUCGACCUCGCGCGGCGACUAGGCGGGCUAAAAUCCGAAGGACAGGGGAAGCUUGGGGUGAAGUCCGUCGCCUUCGUAAACAAGCCAGGCGUGAAUGGGAACGAACUUCUUGAGGGCAUUGCAGGGGUCGAAGGGGGAAAGCAGCACCUCCUUGAGUUGCUGGAACUGGAACGGGAGUGGCAUAGAGGCUUGUGUGUGGCAAAGUUGGAUAUCGCUAAGGCUUUCGACAUGAUAUCGCGUGAGAAAGUCCUUAAGAAGCUGGAGGAGAGGUUGGGGGAUACUGCAGAAAUGAGGUGCUGGAGGGGUCUUUUACAGCAGAACGAGGGCAUUCUUCAAACUCCAUGGGGUACAUCUAGGGUUCCUAUGCAGCGAGGAAUCAAGCAAGGCGCCGUGGAGUCUCCCAUUCUCUUCGCCCUUGUGGCGGAAGCCUGCCUGGCUGAGGCCUCCACUAAAUUCAAUUGGGGGUCAGUGGAACAAGUUUUCCAGGGGCUUGCUCUGCAGGACAUGCUGUACACGGAUGAUUGCCUCAUGUGGGGCAGGGGUGCAGAAGGCCUUGAAACUCGGAUCCACCAAUUUCGCUCGGUCUUGUCGGAAUACGGGCUGGGCCUGAAUGGAGCAAAAUGCCAGUUUUACGUUUCGCCUCAUUGGUCUGGUAGAUCCCAUAUCUAUAUCGGUGGAGUUAAGGUGGAAGCCUCGCCCACCCUGGAAGUGAUGGGUAUUGGCAUGCGGGUGGGUAUGAGCCUCUGUGAGCUAAUCGGACCUUUGUUGUCGAGAGCCAAGAGCAAGUUCUGGUCCAACAAACACCUUCUUCGUGCAGGGACCCCGCUGAAAGGCCGCCUGCGCCUUAUGGAGCGGGUUGUGGGUGGGACUGCGUUAUGGUGCUUGGCCUCCUUUGCACCGGAUCGCAGUUCACUUGGUCUCAUUAAUUCCUGCCACCUCCAGUUGGUCAUUUGGGCGAUGAAAUUAGGGAAGCGCUCAGAUGAAAGCUGGGAAACAUUCCACAAAAGGGCGUAUAGAGCUGCGCGUGCUGCACUGCAUAACGCCAAUCUUGAACGCUGGGGAACCACAUGGUUGCGCAGAUGGUGGGGUUUUUCUGGACAUAGGGCUCGUGGCCUCCUCCGGAGUGCGCCGCCGAUCAGUACCCACGUGGACGCGUUCAGGACGUUAGAAUGGUGGGAGUAUGAACGCAGGAAACGCGAUGGCUUGCAGCAUACACACCACUAUCCACGUCUCAUGAACAUGGAGCGUGCAAUGGACAGGGCAGCAGGAGACAAGUGGAGGGUUGUGGCACAAGACAGACAGAAGUGGAAAGAGAGGGAGAAGAUCUUUGUUGACAACCUUGAUUUGCAGUGGGCCUCUGGCAGACAGCCUCAGAUGCUGCUUGCGAACGUGCUUGGGCUACUCGCCCGCUUUCCGAACCGAGGUGCCCCCGACUUCCCGGCAUCUUUUCAAUUCGAGGGCCGGAGCCUCCCAUUGGACCCGCACUUCAUUGUGAACACGUGUGCAGCGGCAGCGCACAGACCGGUCCUGAGCUUUGGCCCACAGUCCAAUGAGACUUACUUCGUUCAGUACAUGAAGAUGACACUUGAUGCCUCGAUCCUCUCCUGGUGGGGAUCCGAAUCGUGCCACCGUGACAUGGAGGCUCGGCAACCAAUGCAGCCAAAGGAGUCUGUCCUUUACACGGACCCGCAGCUGUGCUGCUACCUCCUUGACCAGUACCUCAACCUGGGACUCCAGCUGCCCGUGUACCCCCUUGAGCCCCUCUUCUACGCGAACCUGCAGCUGCGCUCCUGCCUCUUCGCCUGGUACCACGACCUCCUGGACUUCUUGGAUGUUUCGGACCUGCUGAACUGCAACUACAUCCUGUGCUCCCAGCCGAUGCUUUUGACCACUUGUGCUGAGAGAGAUGAACAUGCUAAGGUGAUGGUUCCCCUCGAAUGCAUGGAUGAAGGUUAUCCCUCUCAUCUGUGUGGAACCUUGCAAGCCUCCAUGGAGUUCACCGUUCCGGAGGCCCUCUCACUUAUGCAGCGCUCGGCUGAGUUAACAGCUGGAGGAGGCUACAGUCCCUCAGGGUCAUCGGGCCCCUCCCUUGAACAGGAGGCGCGUGGUUUCCUCCGUACGGUCCGUGAACUGCUCCGUGCACGGAGGUCCGGAGCUCUUCGUGAAGGCGUCUUGGGUGGAGCCCGUCAGGGCCAGGAUUCUGGGUUCGACAGGUUUCUGAAUGGCCUUCUUCGCACUAUCUGGGAUGAAACCACUGCUCCAAAUGAUUCCGUCCUGCUCGCUGACAUGGAGUUCGACCGGGAAUGGAUGCAGGCUGGAGUUGAUAAGCUCUGGCAAUACUACCUGGACACUCUUCAGCCAGAAGAGCGGGAGGAGGAAGAAGACGCUGCGAGUGUGAUGCAAACUGCGCUGCAUGAGGGCGACGAACCGGACAGGAGAUGGGGACUGGAUGCGCUUGGUAUCCGUAACGACAUCGCAAUGAUGCUGCGCAACAUGGCUCAGAAUGACGAAGUCGGAGAAGCUUGCCAUGCAGCCGGUCGAUUGUACCGGCACUUCCAACGACCCGACGAGACAAGGACGGGAUCGCUCAGGUGGGUGGAAGCGCUGAUCCGGCCGGAGUUGGACAAGUACAUCUUGAGGGUCAGCCGUCCGAGUGAUUACGAACUGGAUCCAGAUAUGGAAGAAUGGCUGCAGCGAACCAUGAAGGCUAUCGAUGCCUGUGCUUGGACUAAGGACCGUGGAGUUCUGGAGUUCCGUGAACGACGUAAGAGACGGAGGGCAUCCGCAUCCCGACCGCCGGGAUCGGCAUUGGAACCCACGCAAAGUGAUCCUGCAGCAGCCUCUUCGACUGAUGAGCCCCCUCCCCCUGGGACAACACGUGAACCUUCGGCUGCUUCGUCCUGCACUGUGUCUGCCUCGAACCCGGUCGCGACUCAGGAUGUGGACCCUGCUGAGAGAGAAAGGGAAGAUGGGGUGGGCGCCCUUGGAGAUCAAGGUCCCCGAUGCGACGUAAUACUGCUUCGGGCAGUUCGAGCGGGCGAGAUGGGGGCAGAGAUGGUGAUGAUUGGCGUGAUUGGACAGCCGAUCGGUCGUGGGAAACCCCUGGGCACUCUUCUAGCAGACGAGAUGGCACUGGAAGCUGGGGAGAUGCUGGGGAUGCCAGACAACGGGGAGACUACCGAAGCAGGGUUACCCGUAGUACACGAGUGUGGAGAAGCCCGUGGUGGUGAUCGGUCCUCCCCUUCCUCUUCGUCCAGACCGCCGAGGACGGAUCCGCGCAGUGUUAUCCCUCGUGCUACCCCAGCAGUGGACCCAGCGGCGCCCGCUCCCUUGUCGGUUCCGGAGGCGGUUGACAUGUGGCGGCAGCUGCUCCGGAUUGCGGAAGGAGCCAGUAUGGGUGAAAUGGACCGUUCGGUCCAGAAAGGCCGAUACACAUUGCCGCGAGAUAUGGCAGACAACAUGGUCGACACCCUCCGAGAGAUGGACCAGCAUGACCUUGCAAUCAUGACUUUGGGGUUGGUGGACCUUAUCCGAAGGCUCAUGGUGGAGUGCUCUCAAGUCCUUGCAAAUGCCCGUUCCGAUCUUGUUGAGGUCGAGGUGGAGCCAGAGGAGGAAGCUGACCGUAGCUCUCUCGUUCAGACUGGACUCGGAGUGCCAGGUCGCAAAGGGGUGAAGCCUCCUUGCUCUGGAGUACUUGAGGACUUGCAGCUGGAACUCGACCGUCUUCAACGACAAGGUUGGAACAUUGACCAACACAUAGGGGCUCUCCUGGCAAAGGCGCGCCAACACAGGGUGUCGUGUGGUGGAUGCGAACUCCUCGACCUGCUGAACUCCCUGUUGGUGGCGCUCAGAUCGGAUGCGGCGGAGAGCUCCUCGGAUCUCGCGGUGUCCAAGCCCAUCUCGGAUUGGUUGGCGAAAUGGUGGACAAGGGUGCAGCAAUGUUUGCCGGGGUCCAGCCAUGAAGAAAUGGGUGGUGCUACGUUGGUGGACUCACAGUCUGCAGGCUCCCAAACCCAAGGCCAGCCAGAGGACGCAUCCUUCUACGCGGAGGCGGAGGCUAUCGCGGUGGAGGAGCACGAAUACCGCUUGGAACAACGACGCCUGGCAGAGGAGCGAGCCAAGCAAGAAGAUGAGCAUGAGUCUAGCCUGGAAUCAUGGGAGUCGGAAAUGCAGAGGGUGAUGGAAAUGUUUGCCCCCUAUGAAGCAGCAAAAGAGGCCAAGGCAUGGGACAACUGGGCGAUGUGGGACUCUAUGAAUCGUCCUCAAGUUCGAACCAGGGCACAUGUUGAAGUUGAGGUUGGUCCGGAAGAUGGGUGCCGUGGGGAGUGCAAGAGACUCAAGCUUCCAGUUCCUGAGUGUUGCGGUGACGAGGUGGUUGUCAAGCAGGUCAGGAUCCUCCGUGGAGAAAGCUCGCCCGAUAGCUCGGCGCCUACGGUGACUGUGCCUGCUACUAAAGAACCUGGCUCUGAUCCCUCGUCUGGGUCGCAGCUGGAAGGCGGAGGAAUGGCCAGCGACUCGCGGGUCCCCCAUGGUCUGGACUUCAACAACUACCUCACGCAGUACCAUCGUUGGUGCCGCGGAGAGAUUGGGGAUGCCUACAUCACACAGAUGUGGGGGGAAGGCACUCUUGACCUUAUGCGAGCUCAAGAAGACCUGGAACUACUUGAACAAGAUCCACGAGCCGGUGAAGUACCACAAGCAGGGCAAGAGGGUGAAGGAGCUGGUCUACUACCUGAAGGGAGUCACGGGGUCAGGGAUGAAGCAGGGUGUACACAGCUGGACGGCGAAGAUCGUGAUGAUGCAAGGGAUGAUCCAAUCGAGAAGGAGAUCUAG